UGUCCUCCCUCCUCCCAUUCUGCUGUGUAGCAUCUGUGGGUAGCAGAGCUUCCCAUGCUAAGGAGCAGAGGGAUACAGACACAGCAGCAGCCACAGCCCUGGAAGUGUAUACAGAGCCCAGAAAGCAGCUCCGCCAUAGCCAGGGGCACACAGCAUCCCACCCUGCCUGGUUGUAAAGGUGGUCCCCCCAUCCUGCGACCUCACCCACGUGGGGUGAAUGAGGUUAAUGCUACUGUGCUGCACCUGGGGCGAAGAGCACAUGGGAGAGGAAGAAGGAAAUGAGCUACCGUUGUGUUCCAGUUGUGGACAGCAUAUUUAUGAUGGACGCUAUCUGCAGGCAUUGGCAUCUGAUUGGCACACUGACUGCUUCAGAUGCAGCGAUUGUGGAUUGUCCCUGUCACAUCGAUACUAUGAGAAGGAUGGGAGACUGUUCUGUAAGAAGCACUAUUGGGCACGGUUUGGGGGUAUGUGCCAUGGUUGUUCCGAGCACAUUACCAAGGGGCUGGUUAUGGUAGCAGGAGAACACAAAUAUCACCCAGAGUGUUUCCUGUGCUCCCGCUGUGCAGCUUUUAUAGGAGAUGGAGAAACGUACGCUCUGGUGGAGAGGUCCAAGCUGUAUUGUGGGCCAUGUUAUUACCAGCAUGCCGUGACCCCGUCAAUCGAUUCACCAACGUCACGAACACCCCACACAGUCACCCUGGUUUCUCUCCCUGCUUCCGAUGGCAAACGCGGUCUGUCUGUUUCCAUUACGCCAUCCUGUGCUGAGCACUCUCAUACUGUGCGGGUUCGCGAGCUUGAUGCUGACUGCCUGAGUCCAGAUAUCCAUGGCUCCAUCCACGUUGGAGACCGCAUACUGGAGAUUAAUGGCACUCCUAUCCGCAGCGUACCCUUGGAUGAGAUUGAUCUCUUGAUACAGGAAACAGGCCGGCUCUUGCAGCUGACUAUUGAACAUGACCCUCACGAGGCUUCCAUACUGCCUACCAGCUGCACAGAGACUGCCGUUAGACGACAGAGACCUGUGACACGUAGUUGCAGUAUUGACCGGUCCCCUGGAUCCAGUUGUGUGGGGUCGCCUGCCUGCUCUCGCAGGGACAUGUCCCGUUCUGAGUCUGUCCGUGGUGCUACUGCUUCACAUCGAAUAUUCCGAUCUUCUGACCUUAUUCCUGGAGAGGUCCUGGGGAGGGGCUGCUUUGGACAGGCAAUAAAGGUUACCCAUCGCGUGACUGGAGAAGUUAUGGUGAUGAAGGAGCUUAUUAGAUUUGACGAAGAAACUCAAAUAACGUUUCUCAGAGAGGUGAAGGUGAUGCGAGGUCUGGAACAUCCGAAUGUACUAAGGUUUAUUGGAGUGCUUUAUAAAGACAAACGGUUGAACUUUAUCACUGAGUACAUUUCGGGAGGCACCCUGCGUACGGUCAUAAAGAACAUGGAUCUUGAACAUCCGUGGAACAAGAGGGUUCGUUUUGCCAAAGAUAUCGCUGCUGGAAUGGCAUAUCUUCAUUCAGUGCGAAUAAUCCAUCGGGAUUUGAACUCUCACAACUGUCUCGUACGAGAGGAUGGGAGUGUAGUGGUGGCAGAUUUUGGACUGGCACGACUGGUUAAAGAAGAGUCUCGUGACCUGCGUAAGGACAAGAGGAAACGUUACACUGUUGUAGGAAACCCAUAUUGGAUGGCUCCUGAGAUGAUAAAUGGGAGAAUUUACGAUGAGUCUGUGGAUGUCUUCUCCUUUGGGAUUAUGCUGUGUGAGAUAAUUGGCUGUGUGAGUGCUGAUCCUGAUUACCUCCCGCGCACCAUGGAUUUUGGGCUGAAUGUCCGUGCUUUCCUGGAUAGAUAUUGUCCCCCAACAUGCCCCCAAGGGUUUUUUCCUUGUGCUGUCACAUGCUGUGACCUGGAUCCUGAGAAACGACCAACUUUCUCACAGUUGCAGCUGUGGCUGGAGUCUCUCCUUGGACACUUAAACAUAAAGACGCCUCUCAAUUCACAUCUUGUGCAGAUGGACGAGGACUUCUGGGAAAUUUACAGGAGAGGGGAUAGCACCCUGCAUGUGCACCCAGAAAUCCCAGAAUAAACUCAAAAGAGGAAGCUUUCCUAAAUGAUUUACAAGCCAUUCCCCAAUCUGUGUGCUAAUGGGGGCUCAUAUGCUUACCUUGCACAGAGUGGGAUUAAACUCCACCUCCGCGUUACGCAAAGAGACCUGUUGUGUCUAGUGAUCAUAGAGGAUACUGGAAAGUUUUUAGGGCAUUCCAGGAUACACACUGUUCUAGUACCUUAGGGUGCCUACUGUGUUCUGUCAGUUUGUUAAGGUUAUUUCUGGUCCAAUGGCUUUGAUGAAGUAGGCUCUGUUUUUAAAGAUGCUUAAAAACCAAGAAACAGUUGUGCGUUCCGGAAAGGCGUCAUUACAUCACCCCCCUCCCUGCAUGGCGCCUGAUUCAAUUGACUGUUCGUGCAAAGGAGUGUUCUGCACCUUGUGUAAAUACAUGUAUGUAUAUUUAGACUGUGCAUAGCUUUCUGUACAUAGCCUCACGUAUGUCUCUCUGUGCCGUCCUUGUUCUUAUUGCCAAGAAGGGCUUCAGCUUUUCCCAAACUGUUCAGUGCACUGUGGUUUUUCAGGAUCAUAUCUGAUGGGACCACAAUGCACUGGGGCAUAGAACCCAAACCAAGCUGAGCAGAAUGUUUGUGUCUUACUUGUAGACACAUUAUAUACAAUAUCCAGGGUUUUACCCCCGUAACGCUCAAAUACGUGCUGUCAGUUUCAUUCCCACAUUCAUAGCACUUAUAGCUUGUCAGCUUUCUUACUACCACCAGCAUUGAUAUACCUAAAUCCUUGUCAAAGUUGUCAAAGUUAUUUAUUUGUUACCUGUCUAAAUUCUAAAGGGGAACAUCUUAGCUUAGCCAAAGCUACAUAUAACAUAAUAUUCAUUAGUUCUAUCUCUCUUCCAUUUAUUCUCAAACAAUGGCACCAAAUUAUCAAGAAAAGUCUUACUAAACACAACUUUGGAAUUUAGUCAUUGUGACUAGACAAAUCCAAAGUUGUUCCCAGCCAAUAGACGAUCUGAGUUCCUCUCUCUCCACAACAUUGAAAUCUGGCUUACUUAAAUUACUACAAUGUUGACAGUAUCUGUAAUGGGUUUAUCAUUUUAUAUAGCUAUCAUUCUCCUAAGUCUGAUUUAUUUUUUUAAUUUAUUGAUUUAUUUAUUUGAAAUAUCAAUUUUUUAUUCUUGCCGUAUUAAGGAACUACUAUUUUAUCUUAUGAGACUUCUUUCCCAUAUCAGUUGAAGGCUGUGUUAGAAUGUGAAUUGGCUUUGUCACAAUUUAUUAAGUGUAACUUGAGUGACGGCUGUGUUCUGCCGUCAGUUGAGAGCAGAGUAGCCAUUUGUCAAGCUAAUAGUGCUUCCACAAUGCAACGUGCAUAAUUAGAAAUAGUCCUUACAUUUACAUAACUAUAAACUGAGAUAUUAGGGGGGAACUCAACAUACACAAGAAGUAGAGGAUUUUUACUAUGCAAUAAUCAUUACCAGAGUUAAAUGAUUAAUUGUGCUUCACUAUUAUAGUACAGUAACUGAUAUUACUACCAAGUUUCAUACUAUGGUACGACUUUAUUAAGAAUGUUGAAAUUGCAGUGUUACAUUAAUUGGUCUGAAUGUCCCAAAACCACCUGUUAUUAAUUUUUUUAAAUGAAGUAUAUCUUCAUGACGGGGAACAUUUCAAUUUGUACAUGCUGGUACGAUGGAUUUUUUUUUUUUUUUUAUGAUAAACAAAUCCAUUCA